AUGCCGGAUGAGAAGUCCAGCAAAAGUGCUAAGAAGGAUCCUGAGUCAUCGAAGAACAUGAAGGAUGAUCAGGAUGAACAUGGUGAGCAAGGAGCUCAGAGUUUUGGGCAUUUGACUUUGCCGACGAAAGUGGAGUUUUUCCGCCCUGAAGAAGGAAGAUGGAGUCGCUGGUUAAUGCGCUUGGAAGACACGUUUGAUUGUUUUGGAGUUACUGAUGAAGCGCAAAUGAAGAAAUUGCUGUUGCAUUACAUGGGAUUGAAGGCGUAUGAUAAAUUGUGUGAUCGUAUUGCUCCAAAAUUACCACGAGAAAUGUCGUACAUGGAAAUUGUAGCUGAAGUGACGGAAAUUUUCGAUCCAACGCCUUUGGAGAUAGUAGAAGUGAACACGUUUCAUGAGCGAAAACAAGGAGAAAAUGAAACAUGUGCGGAUUUUUUGGCAGCUCUUCGGAAGUUGUCCACAAAUUGUAAUUUUGGUUGCAAGGAAUGCGACAACUUGACAAAAACUCUCCGGAAUCAAUUUGUGGCAGGGCUUUGGAACAAGGCAAUUAAGAAGAGGCUGCUGGAGAAACGUAACUUGACGCUAGAACUAGCUUUUGAUAUCGCCAGAGCUAUGGAAACUUCAGAAAAAGGAGAGGAAAAACUUCAGGAGAGCCGCAAGCAGAGCAUCAAUAAACUGGCAGAAGAUGAAAAAUUUCCACCCACAAAUGAUGAUGCAGAAUCUGUCAAGAGGAUUGUGAAGAAGUGCUUCAAGUGUGGAUCAGCUACUCAUCUAGCAAAUAGAUGUCAACCCAGGGAAGUAACUUGUUUUGCUUGUUUCCUGAGAACUACCAUUGAGGUUAGGGGACGGGUGCUUCGAGGCCAGAAUUUGUAUGUCGCAUUGGGUUCAGAAAAGACUCCACUUCUGGGCAGAGAAUCGAUUAAAAAGUUGAAUUGGCUUAAUUGGAACGAGGUUAUGCACGUUAAGAAAGUUGAAGAGGGAUCGGCCACUGAGAGAUAUGUCGAUGAUUUGAAAGAAGAAUUUAAGAAAGUUUUUGAUGAUUCACUCGGCAAAAUUAAUGGAAUUCAAGGGGAAUUGAAGUUAAAGCAUGAUGCUAAACCCGUUUUCUUGAAAGCCAGAACCGUACCUAUUGCUAAAAAAGAGGCAGUAGAAAGAGAAAUUGAGUCGUUGGUAAAUGAGGGUGUGCUGAUUAAAGUGAAUCAAAGUAGAUGGGCAACUCCAAUUGUUGCAAUUCCAAAAGCGUCCGGGAAAGUACGGGUUUGUGGAGAUUACAGUUGUACUGUAAAUCCCAAUUUGAUUGUGGAUAGAUAUCCUUUACCCACAAUCGAGGAGCUUCUGGCGGACAUGGCAGGGGGGCAGAAAUUUACGAAGAUCGAUCUUUCGCAAGCGUAUUUGCAGAUGGAAAUAAAGGAAGAAGAUAGAGAACUUCUAACAUUGAGUACUCAUAAGGGAUUGUACAUGCCUACGCGGUUGAUGUACGGGGUUGCUUCUGCGGUUGCAAUUUGGCAACGUACAAUGGAGUCACUUUUGCAAGACAUUCCUGGGGUAAAAGUUUUCCUAGAUGACAUCAGAAUCACGGGAGUUAACGAUGAGGAGCACCAUUUCAGAUUGAGGGAAGUACUUAAAAGAUAA